CUCCACUUGAUGGUUGAAAUCUGUUGCUGCCGCAGCUUUUGGACGUUAAAUAAUAUCUAUUUAUUUAUAUAUAGAACGUCGGAGCGGUUGCUUGAUAUUUUCCACACGGCGUGCUUUGUUUUUCUCGCUAGUGCCUAUGUGUUAGUGUGUGCAUGUGCGAUCGAGAAGUUUCUGCAGCUAUUGAAUUUAGGCCAAACGUAUUUCGAUCGUACAACGCCUAAAUAUUUGGUUUUCAUUCAGAAAAUUGUAUAAUCAUGACCACCGAUGACACCAGCUCUGUCGACGCCACCGCUAUCAGUCACAAAGACAAAGGCAAUGAAGCAUUUAAGGCCUCCAAAUGGUCAGAGGCAGUGCAGCAAUAUACCUUGGCAAUUAAACUGGGUUCCAAGCACAAGGAGUUGCCCGUGUUCUACAAGAAUCGUGCUGCCGCCUAUCUGAAACUGGACGAGUUUUCGAACGCUGUCCAAGAUUGCACUGAAUCGUUACGACUGGCACCAAAUGAUCCCAAGGCAUUGUUUCGACGUGCCCAGGCAUUUGAGGCAUUGAGUAAGCCGGAAGAGGCAUAUAAGGAUGCCACUGCGCUGUUCAAGGCCGAUCCAGGCAACAAAUCCGUCCAGCCCAUGCUCCAGCGCUUGCACUUGAUUGUGCAGGAAAAUGCAGCUCGCAAUGCAAAAACCUCCACAAAGGUACAGCAAAUGAUGGAACUGGCUUUCGACAUUGCGGCACCUAUUGAGAAGCGUCGCUCGGCAGCAAACAAUCUUGUGGUGUUGGCUAAGGAAUCGACUGGCGCUGAACUUAUCUACAAAGAGCAGUGUGUGCCGAAGAUUGCAACACUUGCCAAAGUGGAGAAGGAUCAGGAGAUCUAUCUGAAUAUGGUGCGUGUGGUGGCCUCGCUGUGUGAGAAUAGCGUAGAGCGCACAAAGGGUGUGCUCACCGAACUGGGCAUUCCCUGGUUCAUGCGUGUGCUCGACCAGAAGCAUGAGGAUUGCGUUACCACAGCCCAGUUUUGCCUGCAGACCAUCAUCAAUGCGUUGUCGGGUCUCAAGAACAAAGCCGAUGCCAAGCCGAGCAAAGAGCUCUGUGAUCGCCAUAGUCGCGAGAUUGAUACGCUGCUCACCUGUUUGGUUUACAGCAUCACAGAUCGCACGAUUUCAGGCAAGGCACGUGAUGCUGUUAUUGAGUUGCUCACACGAAAUGUUCACUAUACCGCACUGGAGUGGGCCGAGCGUUUGGUGGAAGUUCGUGGACUUUGCCGUUUGCUGGAGGUGUGCUCGGAGCUGCAGGAUUACAAGUAUGAGAGUGCAAUGGACAUAACCGCCUCGUCGAGCACUAUUGCAUCUGUUUGUUUGGCCCGCAUCUAUGAGAACAUGUAUUACGAUGAGGCCAAGCUGCGCUUCACCGAUCAGAUCGAUGAGUUUGUCAAGGACAAGCUGCUCUCGCCCGACAUGGAGUCGAAGGUGCGUGUAACCGUGGCAAUCACAGCGCUGCUCAACGGUCCACUCGAUGUAGGCAAUCAAAUAGUGUCCAGAGAUGGCAUUCUACAAAUGAUCUUGGCCAUGGCUACUACGGAUGAUUUGCUGCAGCAGCGCGUUGCUUGUGAGUGUCUUAUAGCAGCCUCUUCGAAGAAGGACAAGGCCAAGGCUUUGUGCGAGCAGGGCGUGGAAAUACUUAAGGGUCUCUAUCACUCCAAAAAUGAUGCAAUUCGCGUCCGCGCUCUGGUCGGACUUUGCAAGCUGGGUAGCUACGGUGGCCAAGAUGCCGCCAUACGACCAUUUGGCGACGGUGCUGCUUUAAAGCUGGCUGAAGCUUGCCGUCGUUUUCUCAUCAAACCUGGCAAGGAUAAAGAUAUUCGCCGCUGGGCUGCCGAUGGCUUAGCGUAUUUGACAUUGGAUGCUGAGUGCAAAGAGAAAUUGAUCGAGGAUAAGGCGUCCAUACAUGCUCUAAUGGAUUUGGCCCGUGCUGGCGAUCAGUCGUGUCUGUAUGGCGUUGUCACCACAUUUGUGAAUCUAUGCAAUGCCUACGAAAAGCAGGAGCUGGUGCCCGAAAUGGUGGAGCUAGCCAAGUUUGCCAAACAUCAUAUACCCGAAGAGCAUGAGCUGGACGAUGUUGAUUUUGUUAACAAGCGCAUCACGGUGCUGUGUAACGAAGGUAUUACCACAGCUCUGUGUGCGCUGGCCAAGACCGAAAGUCACAAUUCGCAGGAACUGAUCGCACGCGUUCUAAAUGCUGUGUGUGGACUGCAAGAGUUGCGUGGCAAGGUGGUGCAGGAUGGCGGUGUUAAGGCGCUGUUGCGUCUUGCACUUGAGGGCACCGAGAAGGGCAAGCGUCAUGCCAGCCAGGCGUUAGCACGCAUCGGUAUCACCAUCAAUCCGGAGGUGGCGUUCUCGGGUCAGCGAUCGCUGGAUGUGAUUAGGCCACUAUUGAAUCUGCUGCAUCAGGAUUGUACGGCACUGGAGAACUUUGAAUCGCUGAUGGGUCUCACAAAUUUGGCCAGCAUGAAUGAGAGCGUGCGUCAACGUAUCAUUAAGGAGCAGGGCGUGUCAAAGAUUGAGUUUUAUCUGAUGGAGGAUCAUUUGUUGCUCACGCGAGCCGCUGCCCAAUGUAUCUGCAAUCUGGUCAUGUCUGACGAUGUGGUGAAGAUGUUUGAGGGCGACAAUGAUCGUGUCAAAUUUCUGGCCCUACUCAGUGAGGAUGAGGAUGAAGAAACGGCAAUGGCCUGUGCUGGCGCUCUCGCCAUGCUCACCUCUGUUUCGACCAAAUGCUGUGCGAAGAUUCUCGACUGUUCUACUUGGUUGAACAUAUUGCACACGCUCAUUGCUAAUCCCAGUCCUGCAGUUCAGCAUCGCGGCACUGUUGUCAUUCUUAAUAUGAUCAAUGCUGGAUCCGAUAUUGCCAAGAAACUCUUCGAAACGGACAUUAUGGAACUGCUUAGCGGCUUGAGCCAAUUGGCCGAUGAUACGCGUGCCAAGGCUCGCGAGGUUGCCACACAAUGCAUGUCGGCUGCGGAACGACAGCGCAUCAUUGAGAGAUCCGACGAUGUCGAGAUACCCGAUGUCUUUGCGGAGAGUGCCAAAGUCACUGAAAUUAUCGAUGACGAUUGAUCUGAUGAUCGCUAUUCUUUUCUUUUCAUCUGUGAAUCGUUCAAUGUGUCAUCAUGGAAUUUAAUUUAUACUCAUUUUUCGCAAUUUGUACUUAAGCCAAACGUGUUUUAUUUAUAUCAUGUACGAAUUUAUAAUAAAUUCACCAAUAUGUUUCGUUUAA